AUGGCACAGCAAUAUGAGCUUCCGUUUAAGCUAUCCGACCCAUCUCUCCUGCAUUUCGACUCCUUCGUGGGGAACAAAUGGGUAGAGGCCAAGAACAAGCAGCGAUUUGAAGUCCUCGACCCCGGGACCGACAAAGCAUGGGCCAGCUGCCCCGUCAAUACAGCCGACGACGUCGAUGCCGCGGUGCAGAAUGCCCACGCGGCCUUCGAGGACUUCCGCAAAGUAAGCCCGCGCAAGCGGGCGCAGUGGCUGCUGAAAUGGUGGGAGCUUACCACCGCAGCGCGGGACGACCUUGCUCAAAUCGUCACCCACGAGACGGGUAAGCCGCUGGCGGAGUCCUAUGGAGAAUUGGACUACUCCUUGGGUUUCCUCUGGUGGUUUGCCGGCGAAGCAGAGCGUAUCCAGGGCACCGUGUCUGUUCCUGCGGCGCCAAACCGCCGUUUAUUUACGAUUAAGCAGCCCAUCGGCGUGGCUGCGGCGCUGGUGCCCUGGAAUUUCCCCGUCGCGAUGGUGCUGCGCAAGGUUGGCGCCGCGAUGGCGGCAGGGUGUACGAUGGUUGUCAAACCGAGCCCGGAGACACCCAUUUCCUCGUUGGUGCUGGCUGAACUGGCGCAGCGAGCGGGCAUCCCGGCUGGUGUGUUGAAUGUCUUGACGACUGACCUAGAGAACACUCCACCAUUGAGCGAGGCGCUGUGCAAGCACCCACUCGUCAAGAAGGUGACCUUCACCGGCUCGACUCGCGUCGGCAAACUGGUCGCUACACACUGCGCACAAGGUCUGAAGAAGCUGACCCUCGAGCUGGGUGGUAAUUGUCCGUUCAUUGUCUUCGACGAUGCAAACCUCGACCAGGCUCUGGACCAGCUCAUGGCACUGAAAUGGCGCCACGCUGGCCAAGCGUGCAUUACCGCCAAUCGAAUCUACGUGCAGGCCGGUAUUUACGAUCGCUUCGCUGCCCUUCUGAAGGAACGCACCAGUGCAUUGGUGGUGGGCCACGGUUCAGCCAAGGAUACCACGAUGGGACCCUUGACGACGCCCCGCAGCAUCGAUAAGGCGGUUGCGCAGGUCGAGGAUGCGCGGAACCGCGGAGCGCAGGUGAUCCUCGGCGGGAAGCCGUUGACUUCGCAGAAGGGUUACUUCUUCGAGCCGACGAUCCUGUCGGGUAUGACCGAAGAGAUGCAGAUCUCGCACGAGGAGUCGUUCGCGCCCAUCGCGGCGCUGUACCGGUUCGACACUGAGGAAGAGGCGGUGCGAGUCGCUAAUGCGACCAGCAUGGGUUUGGCCAGCUACGCGUUUACUAAGAACGUCGAUCGCGUUUGGCGGCUGUUUGAGAAUCUGGAGGCUGGAAUGAUUGGAAUGAAUACAGGUGGGUGCAAGUUGUUUCUUGAUGAUAAAAAUUCGCAAACAGAGCUGACAAGUUAUUAG